ACAAACUGCGCUCCAUAGGUAACAGGAGGUUUAAAGCUAGCAGCAGCAUAGCCUCACAAAAUGGCGAGUUAAUAAUAAAAGAGUUUACAGUACAGUUGUGACCCUGCACGGAGCUGUGAGCACUGUUCUCCUCUGUACAGUGUGAGAGGUGAAUCUGGGGGAAGUCUCUCUGCGGAGUCCGGAUGUGGACGUGGCACAGCGCUGCAGCAGUUCCGCUGAAUGUCCGCUUCUGAUACCGAGGAGGGAUUAGUGAGAAACACCCCGGGACCACAUCGGCUCUACAGUCUGUCGGCCACCGGGUUUCACCAUUCUCCCCUAAACAGAGGAUAGCCUUACUGUUCACCACACUUCGGAGUUUUAGGGAUGAACUGAGGAUGAAUGUAAACCAGCACACUCCAAUGGCCUCUCCAUACGGCCAGCCUCAGCCUGGCUAUGGUCAGCCCGGCUACGCGCCCCUGGACGGGGGAUACCCAGCUCCCUACGCACCUUACAAUGGCCCUGCUUCAGCUUACCAACCUGGGGCUCCACCACAAGGUCCUGUCAGGGGUCCUCCAGUCUCUGGGCCCCCUCCAGUCUCAGCGCCUCAACCGUAUAAUCAGUACAGUCAAAGUCAGGGGGAAAUGCAGAAUGGACCCCCACCCAUGACACAAGCACCACCCAGGCCUGCUGCAUCCCAACCAUACAACCAGGGGGGGAUAAACCCGGCAGGACCACAACACACCUCCUACCCUCAACACUACGGACCCCCACCCACAAUGCAGCAGGUUACUAACCAGAUGACGGGGAUGCAGAUCAACUCUGGACCGCCGACCCCUGCAGGACCAGGAUAUGCUCCUCCUCACAGCUCACAGCCUCCUGUCAGCACUGCCUACACAGCUGCACCUCCACCCUCCUACACCCAAGCCCCUCCCCCUGCAUCCUCUGCUCCGACCCAGCCUCCACCUCCCAGUGGCCCUGCAGCUCCUCAGCAAUACUACGGAGGUCCUCCACCUCCUUCUCAACAGCCAUUCAACUCUUCUCUCCCCCCUACCUCUCAGCAGCAGUUCACCUCCCCUGCUCCACCACCCCAAGCCUCCCAGCAAACCUUCCCUCCCUCCUCCUACUCGGGUCCUGUGCCUCCAACCAGCCAAGCUCCCGCUGCUCCAGUCUCCCAGCCUCAGCAGUCCUUCCCUCCGACCCAGCCGCCCUUCUCCUCAGCACCUCCUCCCGUCAGCCAGCCUUCCUUUGCCCCCGGCCCCCCUCCUUCUGCCCAAGGCUCCUUCCCACCCAGAGGACCGCCUCCAUCCUCUCAACCAGGGUCCUUCCCUCCCCCUGGUCCUCCUCCAACCUCACUCUCUUCUGGUCCAUACCAAGGCCAGAUGCCACCCCAACAGCAGCCCCCUCCAUCCCAGCCAUCGCCCUACCACUCAGGUCCACCCCUUCCUGGUGCUCAGAUGCCUCCAACCUCAAUGGCCCAGAGCAAUCACAUUCCUCCAGGACCACCAGGCCCCCCUGGGCCCCUGCAGCAGCCUCCACUUCAGCCAGGCAUGCCUGGAGGAUACCCUCCUCAGCAGAAUGGUGCAUUUGGACAGGUGAGAGGUCCUCAGCCCGGCUAUGCAGGCCCUUAUCCCGGGCAACCAAACUACGGAGCUCCAGCGCCAGCACCAGCUCCUGCUCCCCCUGCACAGAAAAGACUAGAUCCAGAUGCCAUUCCUAGUCCGAUCCAGGUAAUAGAGGAUGACAAGGCCAAGAGCACCGAGCCGUUCACCACAGGGGUCAGAGGUCAGGCCCCACCUCUGGUCACCACCAGCUUCCAGGUCAAAGACCAAGGGAAUGCCAGUCCCAGGUUUGUCCGCUGUACGGCCUACAACAUGCCUUGCACAGCCGACAUGGCCAAGCAGUCUCAGGUGCCACUGGCUGCCGUCAUCAAGCCCCUCGCCACGCUGCCGCCAGACGAGACCCCUCCGUACCUGGUGGACCACGGCGAGGGCGGUCCGAUCCGCUGUAACAGGUGCAAGGCCUACAUGUGUCCCUACAUGCAGUUCAUCGAGGGAGGUCGUCGUUUCCAGUGUGGCUUUUGCAGCUGCGUCACAGAGGUGCCUCCACAUUACUUCCAGCAUCUGGACCACACUGGGAAGAGGGUGGACUGCUACGACAGGCCGGAGCUUUCGCUGGGAAGCUACGAGUUUCUGGCCACUGUCGACUAUUGUAAGAAUAACAAGCUUCCUCAGCCUCCAGCCUUCAUUUUCCUCAUCGAUGUGUCCUACAACGCUGUGAAGAGUGGCAUGGUCAACAUGGUCUGCCAGGAACUCAAGACCCUCCUGGACUAUCUGCCCAGGGAGAACCCAGAAAUGGACUCUGUGGUGCGAGUGGGCUUCGUCACCUACAACAAGGUUUUGCAUUUCUACAACGUGAAGUCGAGCCUGGCCCAGCCUCAGAUGCUGGUGGUGUCGGAUGUGUCCGACAUGUUCGUACCGCUGCUCGACGGCUUUCUGGUCAACGUGAACGAGAGCCGGCUAGUUAUUGAGAGUUUGCUGGACCAGAUCCCAGAGAUGUUUGCAGACACCAGAGAGACGGAGACGGUCUUUGGACCAGUCAUCCAGGCCGGACUAGAGGCACUUAAGGCCGCAGACUGUUCAGGGAAGCUGUUUGUGUUCCACACAUCUCUGCCCAUCGCAGAAGCUCCCGGAAAACUAAAGAACCGAGAAGACAAGAAGCUGAUGGGGACGGAUAAAGAGAAGUCUCUGUUUCAGCCCCAGGUGGGUUUCUACAACACUCUGGCUAAGGAGUGUGUAGCUCAGGGCUGCUGUGUGGAUCUCUUCCUCUUCCCCAACCAGUAUGUAGACGUUGCCACGUUAGGGGUGAUUCCUGUCUCCACUGGAGGAUCUGUCUACAAAUACACUUACUUUCAGGCUCAGGCUGACAAGGAGCGAUUUCUCAACGACCUCCGACGAGACAUCCAAAAGCUCGUAGGAUUUGAUGCCGUCAUGAGGGUGCGGACAAGCACAGGUAUCCGAGCGACAGAUUUCUUCGGCUCCUUCUUCAUGAGCAACACCACAGACGUGGAGCUGGCAGGCCUGGACUGUGACAAGGCCGUCACUGUGGAGUUCAAACACGACGACAAGCUCAGCGAGGAGACGGGGGCGCUCAUGCAGUGCGCUGUGCUGUACACCAGCUGCAGCGGCCAGAGGCGUCUCCGCGUCCACAACAUGGCGGUCAACUGCUGCUCUCAGUUGGCCGACCUCUACCGCAACUGUGAGACGGACACAAUCAUCAACUUCUUCUCUAAAUACGCUUUCCGUGGCAUCCUAAACAACCCCACCAAGGCGGUGAGAGACACCCUGAUCAACCAGUGUGCUCAGAUUCUGGCCUGCUACAGAAAGAACUGUGCGAGCCCUUCAUCGGCUGGUCAGCUGAUCCUCCCAGAGUGCAUGAAGCUGCUGCCGGUCUAUCUGAACUGUGUGCUGAAGAGCGACGUGCUGCUCCCGGGAGCCGACGUCUCGUUGGACGACCGAGCGUACCUGAGGCAGCUCAUCAGCUGCAUGGACGUCGAAGAAAGCCAUGUCUUCUUCUACCCCCGUCUGCUGCCUCUGACCAAGUUAGAAAGCGGCUCGUUGCCGAUGGCGGUGAGGGACUCGGAGGAGAGGCUGUCUAAAGGUGGGGUUUACCUCUUGGAGACGGGGCUCCACCUCUUCUUGUGGGUCGGAGCGAGCGUUCAGCAGGAGCUGCUGCUCAACAUCUUUGGAACGCCAAGUUUCGGCCAGAUAGACGCCAGCAUGACGGGUCUGCCUGUGCUAGAUAAUCCAUUCUCCCAGAGACUCCGAGAGAUCAUCGAAUCCUUCAGAGCUCAGAGAUCACGAUACAUGAAGCUGAUGGUAGUGAAACAGGAAGACAGAACUGAGCUGAUAUUCAGGCACUUCCUGGUGGAGGACAAGAGCGCCAGCGGGGGAGCGUCAUACGUGGACUUCUUGUGUCACAUGCACAAGGAGAUCCGCCAGCUUCUGAGCUAGGCCUGCAGAGUCCAACCCUCACCUGUAUGAACCCCCACCUGACCCCUCCCCCUACCCUCCUCACCAGGUUCACCCCUCCUAGUGAAAGAAAGCGCUUUAUCUUUUUUUUUUUUUUUUAACCUAAUAAACUAAAGCUCUCCUUGCUGUCUGUCGGCUGAGCAACAAAGACCAGCUGGCAGAACUUGUUGUGUGUUUGUGUGUGUGUGUGUGUGUGUGUAAGAGAGUGUGUGUGUGUGCGCGUGUGCGUGCAUGCGUGUGUGUGUGUGUAAAAGAGGGAGAGUCUGAUAAUAAUGGAGCUUUACUCUGCCUCAAAUCUACCGCUCCAAUACAGCAGGAGCGGGCUAACUGACGAGGGGGGUAAUGUAUAUACUCAAGUGAACAAUUAUGUAUGCAACAGACAGAGUGAGUGCAGAGACGGCUGGUGUGACUGUAGUCGGUGUACUGUCUGUAUUACGAGCACUGAAAGGCUGUUUUGGGCGCAUUAAUGACCCUCAGAUAGCAAACACUUUUUAUAUAAAUGAAUCCCAAUAGAGUGAAGGACAUCUACAUCUACCAAGACAUACAUGGAAUUAAAUAAAUGCUGUUUCUUUCUA